AUGUCUGAAGAAUGGGAUGAAUAUGUGAAAGAUCCUCGUAUAAUUUGUAAAUAUGGAAAUGAAUGCUAUCAAAAAAACCCUGAACAUCAUAAAAAAUAUAAACAUCCACCCCAGCUAAAAGCUAAGGCUGCUAAAAAGCAAAAAAAUAACCGCUUUCAGCCGUAUAACAAAGUUAUAAACGUCAAUGUAGAAUCCAAUGAUGAAAAGAAUAUUGAAGAAGCAGUUGAGGAAUUGAAAGAAAUGAAGUGCAGUGUUGAUAAUCAGGCAUCUGGCUCAACAGAAAAAAUAGAUAAUGGAGAAAUAGAUGCAACACAAGAUGUUCAAAAAUUAUGUGUCAAUACUGAUAAUAUAUCUUUUUAUGAUAGAGAUUCAAAUCUCACUAUUUUAAAGGAAUGUUUUUUAGUUGAAAUGCCAACAGAUUUCUUCAAAUUUUAUGAGUGUCUCAAGGAAGAUUCAGAAGAUAUAGAAAAAAUGUUAGCCACUGUUAACUUACAACUUAUUGGUCCUUUUGAGUUGUUUUUGGGUAAAUUACCUAAACUCGAAAAUAAAGAUUUAUACUUAAUACACUGGAGAUUUUAUUUUGAUCCACCAGAGUUCCAAGCUGUUUUAAAAAAGAAAGGAAAUAGUGAAUUUCAUAUUGGAUACUAUAGAGAUGAUCCUAAAGAGAAUCCAGUGUUUUUAGCUAAGAAUGAUAGUUCUUCUGGUUACACCUUAACACCUAUUUCAGAAAAUAUAUUUGGAGCAGUAUACCACUACUUGCAAGCUGAAAAGAAAACAUCUCCAUUUAUUUCAAUGGCAUGUCAAAAGUUGAUGGAGAAAGUGAAAAAAUGGGCAGACCAAAGUAAUUUUUCCCUAGAAGAAUUUAAUAUGAAAAAAAGAAUUCAACAAGUAGUAUGUCGAACUUUCCACAGUGCUGGUAUUGUGGUACCAUAUAACAAGAAGACUCAAUUGGGCUACAGAAAAUUAGUAGAAAGUGAUGCAAAUAUAAAGAAAAUGUUCAAACAACUACAAGAAGCCAAAUCUCAAGCUGAGAAAGACAAAGUUCUUUCAGAGUUACAAUCAGUGAUUACAUAUGCAAGUAUAGCAAUGGACGAAUGUGAUUUUGGGACAGGUUUAGAAGCUGGUAUUGCCUUAUUUUGUUCAGGAUUAAAAGAACUAGAAACUAGUGCCUUGAAAAAUUUAGAAGUGGCCUAUUUAUUGUUACGAAGAGAAGCUUUUGGUAAAAUUAUUCAGAUCCAUAUGAAGUAUCGGCGUCGAGGACCGAAUAUGUCAGUAUUAAGCAGC